AUGUCUUUAUUGGGCCUUGCUGGCUAUGAUACCGACGGAAGCGACGGAGAUGAAGGUGCCAACAACAACCAGCGCCGAUCCCCCCAGGCCGAAAACACCUCGGGGGCCCAAGAGCCAGCGGCAGGAGCCAGCGGCAGCAGCAAUGCCAACAACGCGCUGGAGGAGAACUCGGACAGCCGACUAGGAGAGUCGGUGGACGAGGAGGCAGGGGCCAAUCGGGAACUUCGGACUGGGAUUUUGAGGGCGUCGUCCUUCGAUGCUCCGGCUCCGCCGUCGAAAGAGUCGAGGCAGUUCUUCAUGCCCCUGCCCUCUCCUCUAGUCAAGCUAGAUAACGCCUCUCCUAGCGCGAGCUCCCCCUUCAUAACCUACGAACCACCAGACGGCACGGCGGGAGGAGCUGGGGCGGAGGGGGAGGGUGAAGGCGCAGCAGAUGACGGAGCGAAAGACGAGGGGGAUGGCGAUAUCAUCAAGCCCGAAUACCGAGAUAUGCUGCCUCCCGAGGCAACAGGUCAGGCCAACCCCGAGCUCAGGGCCAAGCUUCAGAAGUUCUUGAACCGGAUGCAGGGGGACUUCACCAAGGUGAUCAAGGGCAAGAAGGACUACGGGAACCCGGCCGUUCUUGCGCAGAUCUGCCGCUACUGUUCUGUCGACGAUAAGGGGACCAACUACCCCGCAGACCGCAUGGUGCACCCGUCCGUGUACGACACCAAAGACUUCCACGAUUCGCUCAUGAUGCAAGAGCAGCGGAGAGCGAAACGCCCCAAGCCCGACGAAGCAAAGGCCAAGGCAGCAGCAGUGGCGCAAGGCGCGGCGGCGGUGGCGGCGGCGGCGGCAGCGGCGGCACCACGACCAGCCGCUGCAACGGGGGCCCGAGGCUCGGUUGACGCGGCUGUUCCUGCCGCCUCGGGUAGCACUCGAAAGCGGGGGAGCAAGUGGGGGGUGGCCGGUAGCAGCUUACCGUUCGCCGGGCAGCAGAUGCAAAUGCAAGCAGCAGCGCCAGUGCCAAUGCCCCACAUGCAAGUGGCGGCAGCAACAGCUGCAGCGGCAGCGGCAACAGCGGCAGCGGCAGCAGCCGCAGGGUCGGGGAUGGCACGAGCGGGAUCGGUGGGGGCUGGUGCGGCGGCGCCAGUGUCAAAGGGGAGGGUCGGCUUUUCGGCGGACCCCGGGGCGACCGCCGCACGAGCUGGGCAGGCGGCCUUGCUCCUCAACGCGCAGGUGCAGGCUGCGCAGGCGGAAAAGGAGGCGCAACAUCGUGCGGAGGCUAUCGCGAGGGUUCAAAUGAUCGCCAACAGGGCCGGAAAAGCAGCGUCAGCAUCGACCCAGGAGCCACCAAAGAAACAACAACGCUUGAAUUGACUCUCAACAUAUGAUAGGUUGAAUGAAUUGGGUCUUUGACAAAGGUUGUCUGGAGUCUUGAUUGCUUCUACGCGAAAGUGUGCUUGUUUGGAAAAAUCAGAAGUGUGCCACACUGUACUCUGGUGGCCGGGACGUCAGGCGGUUGAACGAGAACAGGCUUUGUCAGUUUUCCGCUCACAUGAAACCUUGUGCAGAGAGGAGGCUGCGUUUUGUCUCGUACGAUGUGGCACGGCACGAGAUGGUCAUGCGCCGUUGUUCAGUGUGUGCAAGACUGUACUGAUCGGGGUGCAUUAUUGUGUGCUAAGGCAGAGGUACGUAGUCCUAGCCUGCCCGAAAACGUCAUUUUCUCAAGCGGGAUAGAUGUGGCACCCGGUUUGGUUGACCUUCUCAAGCUGCCACCGCACACCAUAGCUCCAACAGCAAUAUCACGUUCAACGAGCAGGAGACGUACGUAAGGUUUCAAUAGAUGGUAGGCUAGGUUCUUCGAGUACGUACGCGGACAAGGGGGAUGUAUCCAUUUAGAAUUAUCCUCUCUUGCGUAUUGA